UUUUGAUUCCAAAUAAGGGGUAUGAGUCUAAAUAGAUCUGUUCUAGAUGAAUAUAUUAUACGAAUUGCAUUAAAGUGUUGUAAUUAAUGGUCAAAUGAUUGCGAGUAGUUUUAAAUGAAUGGUCAUGUUAAAGUAACAUGAUUUGGGCACAUGAGGCAGAAUAUUAGGAGGAAAAUGGCCUUAUCUGUUUGUCAAGAAUCACUUAGAAGACAAGUAUAUAUUAAACCUAAAAAUUGCAGUCAAUAAUGUCAUGUUUAUUAGUAAAAAAUAACAGACAUAAAAGGUGUUAAUCUCUAAUCACAAGCAGACAAAUCUGAGUAACAUGAGAUGUCUGCUAAGCAUGCACAUAAAAACAAGCUCAACCCUUGUAUAAAUACAAACAUCUGCAUGUGAAUUUUUAACAGUUCAUGCAAAUGAACAAGUUAAAAAGAUUCAGACAUGUUGAACAGUGAGCAAACUUAAAGGCUUAUACACUUCAUCCAUGGACCCAAGAAUCUCCUUCUCCAAUGACUUUGCAGAUGCACAAGAAGCUAUCAAAUAUGAAAAGAGCUAUAGGGAGGCACCGGUUUCUUCAGAUUUUGAAUUCUCAGCGAGAAACUACACUAUGAUCCCUGCAGAUGAGAUCUUCUGCAAGGGAAUGAUCUUGCCUUUGAAGGAUAACUGUAGCAACCAGCUUAGAAAAAUGACUUUAAGAGAGGAAUUGCUUGUGGAUGAAGAUGAAGAUGAAGAUGAAGAUGAAGAUGAAGAUGGCUUUGGUGGAUUUCAAAGGGUUCAAAAGAAUUCAGGUUGGUGGAAAGAGAGAUUGGGAUUGAGAAGAGCUCAUCACAUUGUAUCCAAGAAAGGAGGAGAUAGAAAUAUUGGAGUUUUUCAAAGUGUGGUUGAAGAGAAGGAACCUGUUUUUGUUCAUGAUGAGAGAGGGACUUGCUGGAAAGAACACAGGAAGUGCUGAUUGAAGGGAGAGGGUGGCAUAUACAAGGCAACUAAUUUUCAAGGUCUAGAGAUAUUGCAAAUAUUAAGAGAAUUGACUUUUAAUUUAUUCUCUUGAUCAAUUAAAUUAGGCCUUCACCUCUUUAAUUAGAUAUUUGGCUCAAACAAUAUCCUCUCUCUCUCUCAGGGAGGAAGUCAGAGUUGGCUGUUUUGCUUGUACAAAUUCCUUACAUCAAUUGUGGAAUUAUCAGAUUAUUUUAUUUCUUUUGUCUAACCAUUGAAUUUCC